GCACCGCCCCUGCGUCUCCGCGCACACCCGGAAGCCGCGCGCAGCGGAGCCAGGCGAGCGUGUGGCGGCCAGGAGGCAAGAUGGCCGCUGGUCAGAAUGGCCAUGAGGAGUGGGUGGGCAGUGCAUACCUGUUUUUGGAGUCUGCGGUGGACAAGGUGGUCCUGUCUGAAGCCUACACAGAUCCCAAGAAGAAGGUGGCAAUAUACAAGGCUCUGCAGACUGCAUUGUCAGAGAGUGGGGACAGCCCUGACGUACUGCAGAUACUCAAGAUCCACUGCAGCGACCCUCAGCUCAUCGUCCAGUUGCGUUUCUGCGGGCGCCUGCUGUGCGGGCGCUUCCUCCAAGCCUACCGCGAGGGGGCGCUGCGCACCGCGCUGCAGAGGUGCAUGGCGGCGGCGCUGGCCCAGGAAGCGGUGCGGUUGCAAUUGGAGCUGCGCGCUGGUGCGGAGCAGCUGGACAGUUGGCUGACCGAUGAAGAGCGCUGUUUGAAUUACAUCUUAGCCCAGAAGCCCGACCGGCUCAGGGACGAGGAACUCGCGGAGCUGGAGGACGAGCUCUGCAAACUGACGUGUGACUGCACUGACCAGGGCGGAGCCACACAGGUAGUAGCUCCCGCAGGUUCGAAGUCCCUGGUUUCCUCUCCCACCGAGGAGAAGCCACUGCCGGCCGCCUGCCAGACUUUUCUGUUCCAGGGUCAGCCCAUAGUGAACCGGCCACUGAAUCUGCAAGACCAGCAGACGUUCGCGCGCUCAGUGGGCCUCAAGUGGCGCAGGGUGGGGCGCUCGCUGCAGCGAAGCUGUAAAGCCCUGAGAGAUCCUGCCCUCGACUCGCUGGCCUACGAGUAUGAGCGUGAUGGGCUCUAUGAGCAGGCCUUCCAGCUGCUGCGCCGGUUCAUGCAAGCCGAAGGCCGCCGGGCCACACUGCAACGGCUGGUGGAGGCGCUGGAGGAGAACGAGCUCACCAGUCUAGCGGAGGAUCUGCUGGGCCAGGCGGAGCCUGAUGGCGGCCUGGCCUAAGUCUAGUACUGUGGGAAAGGGCGGCCAAGCAGCGCGUCAGCCAGUGUUUGGAACCCACGGAUGGCUGUUGGUGAUGUCGCUACUGCUGGCCGCUUUCCACCCACUGGACUCGGAGAGUAUACACACUCCCCUACCUAGCUGAGCUGCUGGAGUGGAACUAAUUCCUCCAACCGCGCCCCAGGAGCCAGGCAAGCACCGCAGGGGUACAUCGCUGAGGACCACACAAAAAGUGGACUUCCUGCAAAAACCCACUAAGCCCCCAGACCUUCUGAAACCUAGAUGUCAUCCAAGGUGCUACAAAAACUGUCACGAGCAGGAUGCACGAUUUUCCCUGCCCUUGGCUCACACUAGUCAGGGGACCUAAGCACUUUGCAGCGAUAAUAAAAUGUAACUCUUUUACAGA